AUGAAGAUUUCGGUUUUCUCUAUCAUCAUCGCUGGGCUCCUUGCUCUCCCUGAGGGCAAAGCCCAGGACAGUGGGUUUGGUGCUUGCUUCUCAACAAGUAACUGCGGCGGUGUCUACCCCGAUCAAGCGAUCUUUGAUACUACCUUGGAAGAUUGUGUGCUCACAGAAGGCGCGUCCUUCGGCAUUUUGCAAGAUGGAGAGCCACAUUGUGUUCAAUUCACAUACCAUGUGGUGGUGGAUGGAGAGCGUCGAGCCUUAGGAGCAGCCAAAGGACCGGAUCAAACACAAGCCCUGUCAGCAUUGCAAAAGUCAAGGAUUCUCGAGGGAGAGGACGAGGAUGAAGAUGAAGAUAAAGAUAGGGGCUGGUGGGAUUCAAUCGUUGAAGUUGUCAAAGAGAUCGGCAAGACUAUCAGGGAGGUUGUCAAAGAGAUCGGCAAGACUAUCAGAGAGGUUGUCAAAGAUGCCAAAGAGGUCAUCUACAAAAUCUGCGAAAAUGACGAUAUCUUAAUUACAGAGAACAAGGAGACAAAGACAUCAAUCCUCCGGAUUAAAACACCCCAGGCCGGCAACAGCGACAACAACGAUCGACGACUCCGAAGUUUUCAUGAUAUUCAGCCUGGUUGCGCAUAUUUUUGUUCAUGUGGUGGGAUCAUUGGCGAGCCCCACAUCAAGCAGUUGCUUGGAGGCUGGUUUGACUACCAUGGCGAGUGCGACAUGGUGUUCAGCCAUGCCCCAAACUUUGGAAACGGCAUUGGUUUGGACAUCCAUGCCCGAACAAAAAUCCGAUAUGCCUACUCGUACAUUCUGAGUGCUAGUAUUCGCAUUGGUAACGAGAUUCUGGAGAUUGCUGGAUGGGGGGACUACAUUCUCAACGGCGUCGGCGCUGCUGAUUUGACCGAAGCUACUUUGGAGGGCUAUCCCAUUGCCUCUAUUCAACUUAAUAAGAAGCAGCACUCCUUUUUGAUUGACCUUGGUGGAAACGUCACUCUUUCAAUCAACACCAACAAGGACAUUGUUUCAAUCAAACUCAAUCCUGGUGAGGGCUACAGAAGUCCAGAGAUGCAUGAAUGGUUUGGCAACAGUUCUGGAUUGAUGGGCUCCAUCAGCAGCGGUAAAAAGCUUGCGCGGGAUGGGGUGACAGUGAUCGAAGACCCCAAUGAAUUUGGCCAAGAGUGGCAGGUCAACGAUGGGUGA